CUUCAGUUUGGGAAACGAGGGCGCCUUUUCUCGCUCGAUCUUUUGACCUGGGGGCGUGCAGGGUGGGGGGAGUUGCCUGCUAUCUUGUCAACACAAGCCUACCCUAAUCAGUGCUGUUGUCUUUCCGCCAACGAGCCGUGUGAGAUCUGACUUGGGCUUUUUGGCUUAUCUCUGUUUGCAGCGUUAUCCCCUCCCCUUCACUUCCCACCCUGUGGUCGGACGUCAGGUGCAGAUGCGGAUGAGAAGCUCUAGCGAUCGGCGUAAGGUGUUCGAAUAGCAUACGCGGGGCGGCUUUGAAAUUAAAGCGUUCGCCUGUGAAGGCGAAGAGGCACAGUAAGAAAGAAAGAGGGGCGUGGGAAGAGUUACAGUUUGACAGGUGCCUUUAUCCUCUGCUGCCGCCGCCGCCGCCACCACCACCACCGGACUAAAUCGGAGGCAUGCCGGCUGUACAGAAAACUGUGUCCGAUCUACGCUCCCGGGUGGAAGGAUAUGAGAAGACAGAAGACACUUCAGAGAAAACAUCGUUGGCAGAUCAAGAGGAAGGACGGCUAAUAUUUAUAAAUCAACCUCAACUAACCAAAUUUUGUGGCAACCACGUCAGCACUGCAAAAUACAAUGUUCUUACAUUCCUGCCAAGAUUCCUUUAUUCUCAGUUCAGGCGGGCAGCAAAUGCAUUUUUCCUUUUCAUUGCACUUCUUCAGCAAAUUCCUGAUGUUUCACCAACAGGUCGUUAUACCACCUUGGUUCCCCUGUUAUUCAUUCUUAUUGUAGCAGCAGUAAAGGAGAUCAUAGAGGAUCUUAAACGCCAUAAAGCUGAUAAUGUUGUAAACAAGAAGGAAACCCAAGUGCUCAGGAAUGGUGCUUGGGAGAUUGUCCACUGGGAAAAGGUGACAGUGGGCGAGAUAGUCAGAGUCACCAAUGGGGAUCAUCUCCCAGCUGAUCUCGUCAUUCUUUCAUCCAGUGAGCCUCAAGCUAUGUGCUACAUUGAAACGGCCAAUCUAGAUGGAGAAACCAACCUGAAAAUUAGACAGGGCUUGCAUAUCACAUCAGAAAUAAAAGACAUUGACAGUUUAAUGAGACUUUCUGGCCGCAUGGAAUGUGAAAGUCCUAAUCGCCAUCUGUAUGAUUUUGUUGGCAAUAUAAGGCUUGAAGGUCACAGCACUACGCCACUUGGCCCUGAUCAAAUUCUUUUACGAGGUGCUCAGCUGAGAAAUACACAAUGGAUUCAUGGAAUAGUUGUCUACACCGGGCACGACACGAAACUCAUGCAGAAUUCCACAAAACCCCCACUGAAGUUGUCUAAUGUGGAAAGAAUUACAAACAUACAGAUUCUGAUAUUGUUUGGAUGCCUUCUUGGUAUUUCAUUGAUUUGUUCAAUUGGGCAAAGCAUAUGGAAAGCAAAACAUGGAAGUGGAGCUUGGUACAUGGAUUUAAACUAUGGUGGUGCAGCAAACUUUGGAUUAAACUUCUUAACGUUUAUCAUUCUAUUCAACAACCUUAUACCAAUUAGCUUGCUAGUUACGUUAGAGGUGAUUAAGUUUAUCCAAGCAUUCUUCAUUAACUGGGAUAUGGACAUGGUGUAUGAAGUGACUAAUACCCCUGCUAUGGCACGCACUUCCAAUCUUAAUGAAGAACUGGGCCAGGUAAAAUAUAUAUUUUCAGACAAAACUGGAACCCUCACAUGUAAUGUUAUGCAGUUUAAGAAGUGUACAAUUGCAGGAAUUGCAUAUGGUCACUGCUGUGAACCUGAAGAUUAUAGCUGUGCAGAUGAUGACUGGCAUAGUGGGGAGUCACCUGAAGAAAGAGGAUUUAAUGACCCCAGUUUGUUAGAGAAUCUUCAGAGCAAUCAUCCCACUGCAGCCAUCAUACUAGAGUUUAUGACAAUGAUGGCUGUGUGCCAUACAGCAGUUCCUGAGAGGGCCGAUGACAAGAUUGUUUACCAAGCUGCUUCCCCAGAUGAGGGGGCUUUAGUAAGAGCUGCUAGAAACCUGGGCUUUGUGUUCUCUGGAAGAACUCCGGACUCUGUGAUAAUUGAAGCUCUUGACCAAGAGGAGCGAUAUGAACUAUUAAAUGUUUUGGAAUUCACAAGCAAUAGAAAAAGGAUGUCUGUGAUUGUACGCACACCAUCUGGAGGAAUAAGACUCUACUGCAAGGGAGCUGACACAGUAAUAUAUGAACGGCUUGCAGACAGUUCCAGGUAUAAGGAAAUAACUUUAAAACAUCUAGAGCAGUUUGCAACAGAAGGACUGAGAACAUUAUGCUUUGCUGUAGUAGACAUAUCUGAGACCGCCUACCAGGAAUGGUUAGAAAUCUAUCUUCGUGCAUCAACAGCAAUGCAGAACCGAACACAACUGGAGGAAAGUUAUGACCUAAUUGAAAAGAAUUUACAGCUACUAGGUGCUACUGCCAUUGAAGAUAAGCUCCAGGAUAAAGUACCAGAGACGAUAGAAACACUCAUGAAGGCUGACAUUAAAAUCUGGAUUCUUACAGGCGACAAGCAAGAGACUGCAAUAAACAUAGGGCACUCUUGCAAACUACUGACGAAGAAUAUGGGCUUAAUUGUGAUUAAUGAAGGCACCCUUGAUGGAACACGGGAAACGCUGAGUCGCCAUUGCGGUACUUUGGGAGAUGCCUUGCGAAAGGACAAUGACUUUGCACUAAUCAUAGAUGGCAAGACAUUAAAAUAUGCGCUGACUUUUGGGAUCCGGCAGUAUUUUCUUGACCUCGCUUUGUCUUGCAAAGCUGUAAUUUGUUGCAGGGUGUCUCCUCUUCAGAAAUCUGAAGUAGUUGAGAUGGUAAAGAAGCAAGUUAAAGUGAUAACUUUGGCCAUUGGAGAUGGAGCCAAUGAUGUGGGGAUGAUCCAGACUGCUCAUGUUGGCGUUGGCAUUAGUGGAAAUGAGGGUCUACAGGCUGCAAACUCAUCUGAUUACUCUAUAGCUCAGUUUAAGUAUCUGAAGAACUUGCUGUUGGUUCAUGGUGCAUGGAACUACAACAGAGUGGCAAAAUGCAUUCUUUAUUGCUUUUAUAAGAAUAUCGUCUUGUAUAUUAUUGAGAUAUGGUUUGCUUUUGUGAAUGGAUUCUCUGGGCAGAUACUUUUUGAAAGAUGGUGUAUUGGUCUCUACAAUGUGAUUUUUACAGCUUUGCCUCCACUGACCUUGGGAAUCUUUGAGAGAUCCUGUCGUAAGGAAAAUAUGCUGAAAUACCCAGAAUUGUAUAAGACCUCUCAGAAUGCAAUGGGGUUUAACACCAAGGUUUUCUGGGCUCAUUGUCUGAAUGGCCUCUUCCACUCAGUUAUUCUGUUUUGGUUUCCACUGAAAGCUUUCCAGCAUGACACUGUAUUUGGAAAUGGGAAGACUCCAGAUUAUUUGCUGUUAGGAAACAUGGUGUAUACAUUUGUAGUUAUCACAGUUUGCUUAAAAGCUGGCCUGGAAACGUCUUCUUGGACAAUGUUCAGUCAUAUAGCUAUCUGGGGCAGUAUUGCAAUGUGGGUGGUUUUUUUCAGCAUCUACUCAUCUAUGUGGCCUCUUAUUCCAUUGGCGCCUGACAUGUCAGGAGAGGUAGACAUGAUGUUUAGCUCUGGCGUAUUUUGGAUGGGUCUCUUCUUUAUCCCUAUAACAUCUCUAAUAUUUGACUUGAUGUAUAAAGUGGUAAAAAAAAGCUGUUUUAAAACUCUGGUGGAUGAAGUUCAGGAGUUGGAGGCAAAAUCACAGGACCCCGGAGCUGUCGUACAUGGCAAAAGCCUCACUGAACGAGCUCAGCUCCUGAAGAACGUCUUUAAGAAGAGCACGGCCAGCCUGUACCGUUCAGAAUCCAUGCAACAAAACCUUCUACAUGGAUAUGCUUUCUCCCAAGAUGAGAAUGGAAUCAUCUCCCAGUCUGAAGUAAUAAGGGUCUACGACACCACUAAGCAGAGACAAGAUGAGUGGUGAAUUUUGUGUGUUUAAAGAGGACUUAGCUGGGAAAAGAAAUCUGUAAGCAGACAUGGUUUAACAGGCCGCACGUCUAGAAGCUUUUCGAGGCUAUGUCUAAACUUCCCAAGUGUAGAAAAAAAGUAUUUUGAUCUCAGUAAGUUAAAAAAAAAAACUGCUUACCUGUUGUUGGUGAUAUCAUGACCGUGGGAAUAGAUUUAAAGAAAACAUCCAUCCAAAGAUUGCACAGUAUUCACCCAUGAGUCUAGGAGGAUGGUUAUUAAAUUGUACUUUGAUUUUAUCACUGUUCCACUUUUGUCUUAUACUCAAAAAUUUAGUUGACAGGUAUCUACUGUUUUCAGUAGGGCCAAUGGGUCUCAUAAAAACAUAAACCAUAGUCCGGCAUAAGCAUCGCAGCACAUCUGAGGAGCAAAUGUGAAUGGCCUGGACCACUGGACAGAGUCUCCACUCUCAGACUCGGGUUUGCCAAAGAAAGGGUGGAGCGUUACACCAUCAGCUUUAAGGUGCCCCUCUAAAUCUGGUUUUUGGAACAUGUAAAAUGUAGGCUCACAAGAUCAACAUUCCAUGACGGGGAACUCAAAUUUGGAAUGAGCCUGGUGUGGUUUGUUCCUCCAGUUCUUGCUUUUAAUCCUGUGACACUAAAGUAUGUCGAUAUGGCCUUAUAUGUGCACUUCUCCAUGCCUUGCUAUGAAAUUGUAUUUGAAAGAUGAGUUGUCAAUGUGCCUGGCUAUAAUAUGUUCUUGUCUACGUAGUUAUUAAUGGGAAAUCAAGUAUUAUAAAACAAAACACAAAAAAAAAAAAAAUCCGGUUCUCCCAUCCUUUAGAUUUUCACAGACGGCAGUGAUGUUGCUAUUUCUUGUGCUUUUUGGACCACAAUUAAUACUCACAAUAGUGCCUAAGCCAUCAUAGAUUUUCCAUCCUUAGCAGUAUUAAGUGCAUGUUUCCUUUACACUUGCUGUACCUGUUAGUGGGGCAGUCCUCGGUGUGUGUGCGUGUGUGUGCGUGCGCGCGUGUGUGCCGUUUCAGUCGCACUGCUGGCUCUCAGCGUUGCCUUCAUCAGAUGUCGUCUUUGUGCCAAUAGUGGAAGGAAAGUAAAUGUAGCAGAGGUGACGAUUAAAAACAAAGAACUAUUCACACUUAUGCUUUGGGUGAAAUGAGCAAGCAAAAAUGUCUUGUUGUGCUCUUUUUUCAGCUCAUUUGUUCAAUGAUUUGAAAUUUUGCGUUGAGGUCCUUGUUGAAUGAGCCCUCGAAAUGGGGCAAAGUGCCAAAACAAGUUUACGAAUGAAUCAAAUCAUGAAGUGCAUAUUUACAAGGUUAAUAAAGAGAAUAAUUUUCAGUGUACAUCAAGCACUUCACAUUGCACAUCUUCACUGAAAGUGAAAAAUCUACUGUAUUGUUUUUUUUCUUCUAUGGACUAGCUUUUUGUCUAUCGUAUUAAAAGAUGGUAGAAUGAUGAAAAUCGUAUAUUUAUUAACUUCAAACAAUUUGUGUCUCUAGGUCUGUUUUCUCCCCGUGGGAGAAGGAAUCUAUAUGUGUGUGUGCGCGUGCGUGUGUGUGUGCGUGUGUGACGUCUGUCCGUCUGCAUGGGUUAUACAGUCCUGAAGAGUAUUCAGUUAUUUGCAUGAUCAUUGGUGCUAAUUUUGCAAUGUGAUUUCAGAGCAAAGUUGCACUUCUCAGUCGAACGAGGGUUCCAAAAACUAGAUGAUGCUUAAAGGGUUGUUUCUCUGAUUAUCUGUUGUAUGUGUUCAGUUCCCUCUCAAGUCAAACGUUUUUGGUGUUGAAAUUUCUGGAAGGCAAGUUUAGUAUCCGGAUUUGUGUUGUACAUAGCAAUUUUCCAUUCCAUUUUGUCUGUACUGUAUAUACAGCAAAUUUCAGUGGUCACUCAAAAGCAUGAUGAUGUGUUCUUUUAACACUGUUUACAAGUUGUGGAAGAAAACUGUCUGAUUUUAAUGUUAUUUCGUUUUAAACAAGUCCAAGCGUACAGUAUUAAUAAGCUGUUGAAAACUGUUUGAUGUUUCUGGAGGACCUGGAUUCUUUCUGUAAAGAGGAAAAGGAACGAGCCAGUUCCAAAUUGGCUGUUUUAGCAUUUAAUUUUUGGUUUUGCUGCACUUGCAGUACCAUCACAUUAUUAAAUACCCAGAGCUGCCACUAAAGGCAGAUGACAUUUUAAAACUGGCAUCCCAAUAAAGUUCAGACGGUAGCCAGUUUACAUAACUGUAUAAAUGAAGAGACUCUGAGGUAGUCAGCUCUACUCUUUAUUUUCUGUCUGGUUAACCCCAAACACAAAUACAGUCGGCUUUCCGGGUUCUUUUUUAUUUUUUUUCAGUUACACUGAGUGGUGUUUCAUCCUCAACUCCCCUUAUUUUUUUAUUUUUAAUUUUCUCAAUCUGCAUGUUGCAACUACUAAAUGUUUGUCUUUAUCUGCUGUAAGCAAAUAUGGAAAUAAACUUUGCAGUUAAAAAGUU